AUGGAAAAGACCACGGGCUCCCAUGGGAACUCGAAAUCCCCGGCCAAGAAGCUGAGCCACGCCAUCAGCAAAUCCCUGGGCUGCGUGCCCAGCAGGGACCCGCCCCGGCCGCUGUUCCCAGAGCAGCCUGAGAAGCCCCUGGACCUCGCCCACAUGGUCCCCCCCAGGCCCGUGAGUAACAUGAACGAGGCCAUGGUGACCCACGUCUCCUCCGGAGCGCCCACGCCAACCAAAAGCCCCAGGGAAGGUCCCAGUGCCUGUUCCAGGUGUGUGUGUUCCUGUUCCAGCCCCAGGGAAGGUCCCAGUGCCUGUUCCAGGUGCCAGCACAGCAGCCCCGAGCCCUCCCGAGAGGAGCACGCCCUGAUUGCCACCCUCGUCAGCCGCCUGCGCAGCGGGGCACGUGUCCUGGACAGCCCAGGCCGGCUGGAUGAGGAGCACCGGCUCAUCGCUCGCUACGCCGCACGCCUGGCUGCCGAGGCUGGCAACGCUGUUUGGCCAGAGAACUGGGAUCUCCCUCCUUGGAGGUGUUCAGAGCUCCACAAGACCAGUUCCUGAGCGUUUUCUGUGCCUUGGCCCUGCUCUGCAUGGACUGGAAACGUCCCAGCUGCGAUUUUCUGUCAAUCUGGGCAUUGAUGGAAGUGGGGAAUGGGAAAAAACAUCAUAAAGACUUAUGGAAUAUUUGUCCAAGGAGGAGCAGUGUGUGCUGAGAGGGGUUGGUGUGAGCAGAAUGAUUUCCUGAACGUGUUCUGGCUGCUGGGAGUGCAGAGAAUCCCUGAAGCACUGCCCAGCUCCAGCAGCCUGGGGCAAAGCUGUGUCCUCCUGGGUGGGAUAAGA